AUGGCAAAUAAUAAUGCAGGCUUAAAAUGUCUUCAAUCGAGAAGGUAUUUAAAUCAAUNAAGUGAUCGACCAUUAGCACCAUCAAUUGCUAUAAAACCUCGACCGUAUUCAUUUCGAAAUACAGGACGUAGUGCUCUUGAACGACAAAUAUCAAAUAUAACAGAACGUGUGUCACAAUUACAAGAAACUUUUUUUUCUCGUCUAUCAAGUCCAUCUAAUUUGCAACAAAAUAAUUCAUUAUCAAUUUUUUCUUCAACAUUAACUGAUACUAAUAUAAAUGAUUCUUCUACAUCAAAUACAUCUUUAAAUAAGCCUCGACCGAAAUCUGAAACUUAUGAUGAUCAUCAUCGUGCUAAUGCAGCUGGUUCUUAUGCUCAAUUAACUCUUCUUGGCCAACCGAAAGUAAAUUCAGUAUCACAAACGCAAAAGACAAUUCCAGCUGAUUAUCAAAAUGGUCGAGUACAAUAUCGAACACAAUCUUCAAAUCCUGAAAGGCCACAUAGUACAAUUGGUUCAACUUCAUUGAAUACAGUAUUCGAUACAAAAAAAGCACGAGAAAAUUAUGAGAAAAUUUUUAAACAAUUGGAAGCUACUAAAAAAGAACUUGAUCGUCAACGUGCAAAAGGUCUUACUUAUAAUCCAGCAAGAAUUUCACAACUUGAAACUCAAAUAAAACAACAUGAACAACAAUUGAAUAAAAUGAAAUCUUUUCUAGAAUCAAUUGAUUUAUCAACCGAAUCAUCAUCACAUUUCUAUGAUGAUAAUGUUAAUAAUCGACCCAAUACAUUUAUUGAAUCAUCUAAAAGUCGAACAAACACAGUAAGUAAACAAUAA